AUGGUUUUCCUUGUUGCUGUUUGCUUUAUGCCGUUAGCCACUAUAAUUCUGGGAAUUGUUACAGGCUGGACCAGCGUCCAGUGUUGUUGUCUUUAUCUUAUAUUGACUUGCGCCUGUCUCCUUAUCGGCCCAUUAAUUAUGAUAAUGAUUAACAUAGCUUUAUCUCCUAAGCACCAGACUGGCUCUAGUUCCGUUAGAACCAUUACUGAGAUGGAUGCUUUCCAUAACAUGCUGAUGAAAGGAUACGAAUCCAGAUCAGCUACCAGCAAAAAGCAUAUGCGUUAUCCUAUGAUUUUUACUCGUUUGGUAGAUGGUGCCUUGCAGAAUCUUUUAGAUCUAGUAUUUCAAGAUUUUGUUGGUUCUUGGUUGAAUGAUCUGGCGUUUGGUUCUGAACAAUUGAUAAAUAAUAUGAAACAAGAUGUUUGGGGCGCAAUACAGAGCCUCCACGAUCGUUUGUCACGCGUUGAUCAUACUAAAUUAGUAGUCUGCAAUAUAGUGAACAAGCUUACCUUUCACUUUGAAAAGAUCAGGAUAGCUCAAGCAGCUUCGUCAGAAGGAGAGGAUCCAGUAUUUAUUUUGUCGGCACAUUUAAUGUCACCUGUUGCUGAAUUGGAGUAUUUAAGGAAGAUUAGCGAACUUUAUAUCCUGUUUUUGUUACCACGCAGUUACUCUCUUUCUCCAGUCAAGUUUCUUUUAAGAGAACUUCUCACAUGCAAAAUCCUAAAACCGGCGAUAGAUUUAAUCACGGAUCCCGAUUACAUCAAUCAAAAGAUUUUAGCAUAUAUCGAUCAGCAACAACUUGCCGAAGCGAUGCACAGAAAAACAUACGAAUAUGCGGAAUCUUUCGAGGAUUUUAUUCGUAUGAUUAAGAGCACUAAAGAUUUAGAAGUUCUCAAACAUAUCAGAUAUAACAUUGUUACUGAGAUUAUGCAGGCUACUACGAUACAAAACGUUAAACGAGCUCAAGGUUUGGAUCCCGAGAAUAACACACUUGGAAAUUCUGAUGCUAUUCGAGCCAGAAAACUUAAGAGAUACAUCCAUCAGUUGACGUUUGCCAAGAAUACGUGCGAGUGUCAUAUGCAAACAUUAGGAUGGGACGGGUAUCCUCAUCAGGAUGCGGAAAUCUGUGAUGCGGCGGAGAUUGCGGAUGGCAGAAUACUUCCUUUACAAGCAAUUUUGGAUAAUGUGAUUGGCCGACGACAUCUGUCUCAAUUUUUAGAACAGGUCGCUAGUCAAGGAUUGAUUGGUUAUUGGGCAGCGGUGCAGGAAUUACGCACUGCGGAUCGAUCCAACUGGCAUCAAUUGGGAGCUGAGAUUUUUUAUACUUAUAUCAGAUCACCAACUGCUGAGAUUAAAGUGGAUAAGAAUGUCCGAAAACGAAUGGAAGCCUUCCUAUUGGGUGAUACAGGACCUAAUAUCUUUUAUGAGGUUCAAGAUAACGUCGUCAAGACACUCCAAGAAAAGUAUUAUCCAUCAUUCCUCGUUAGUGAGCAAUAUAAAAAUAUGCAGGAAGCCUUACUCAAUGAAAGAGCAGAGGGUUUAGUUGAAGAUCAUGGGAUUGUUGAUGGUACAUUAUCAGAUUCUUCAACUUUACUUGUUGGCGAACGAUCGAAUUAUGCUCGUAGCAAACUGGAUCAACUACAGGAAAAAUUGAACAAUAAGAUGCAAGCUCUACAGGCGCUUAAAUCUUCCCUCAAGCCCGAGAGUAAAGUAUUAAGCAUAUUGGCGAAAGAAGUCGAAUGGUUGCAAGGUGAAAAACGGCAAUUAGAGGCGCAUUUAAAUCAUACGGAAAUGUGGGCUGAACAUUUAGGUCACUGGAGAGCCGAUGUGCAAAACGCAGAAAUGCCUGAUAAUGGGGAUCCUCCACAAUUUGUAUUGGUUGUCCACAUGGCGGAAGAUGAAGAUAAUGAUGAGAGUAUAUCUAGUGGGUGGGUAGUAUUGAGGAAAUUACAAGAUUUUCAAGAUCUUCAUCGGAAACUACGUCAGUUAUGUUCUGAUGUUAAAACUCUGGACUUACCGUCGCAGCCUCUAAAAUUUUUCGGUAAAUCUGAUAAGAGUACCCUCGACAAAGCUAAGAUGCAAAUACAAAAAUAUUUAAAUUUUGUCUUGGAGGAUGAAAGGCUUAAUCAAAGCGAAGCACUGUACGCCUUUCUUAGUCCAAGUUCGGAACACCUUAAAGCCGUAGCACCAUCUCCCAAGAAAUCUCGUUUUUCUUUAUCUACGUUAUUCAAAACAUCUGUCGGUAGUAACGAGCUACGCGAUAAAGAAGAUGAAGAAGAUUAUUCGUUAUUAUUGGACGAUAGCGAGACUGGUCGUACCGGCACAGAUAGUUAUCUAAAUGCUAGCAGGGAUGCAAUCGCUGAGCCAUUAUACACGCUUCUAGGAGAAAUUUUCGACUUGCGAGGAGUAUUUCGUUGGCUCAGACGAUCUCUCAUUACCUUCGUACAGAUUACUUAUGGACGCACUAUAAAUAGACAAAUCAGAGAUAUUGUCGCUUGGAUAUUUUCCGAGCCGAUGCUUCAUUACUACAUACAAUUGUUUGUGAAAUCGUGGUGGCCGAAUGGUCAACUUGUAUCCGAAACGGUUCUUCGUACUGACGAGGAAAAGCUAAAAACGCGAGGCGAGGCACGCAGACAAUUUCUUAAUAACGUACCUGAAGUAUUGACGAAUCUAGUAGGAGCGCAAAGUGCCCAACGCGGCGCGAUUAAAGUUUUCGAUUCCCUACAGAAUGUGAAUCUGAAUAAACAGUUAUUUUACAUACAAAAGAAAGCCUUGAGAAUGCCAGGCUUUUUAUAUUUUUUUAAGGAGUAGACACCCUAUAUAAUUUCCAGAUGCAAUCAAAUUAUAAAUUUAUAAAUUAGAUAACGAUGAAUAAAUAAAUUAGAUAGUGCUUAGUAAACAUUGAAAAAGAUAUGUAGAUGCAUACAUAUCUAUAACGCAGAUAAUAUACAAUAAAUUACACACUUUAUUAUAUAGUCAACAUUCCUAAAUCUAUUACUUUUCCACACGUAAUCAAGAUAUCUUGUAAGAUACAUAACAAAUUUAUAUACAUGUAUUGCACAUGUCAUAAAAGUAAUUUGAAAGCAUAAUAUAAUAUUAAAAAAAAAAUGAUUAACAAUUUAAAUAGAAUGGUUUAUAGUUACCGCAAAAUUGAUAAUGCAUAUCACUGUAUCUAGGAGAGCAUUGUUGAAUGUCUAUUUAAAAUCUAAAUCUUUAUGUAAAGAAAUACUGUACAAAACACAAUAUAAAUGAGAUUAACAUUAGGGUAAAAAUUAUUAAACUACAUGUGUAUAUUUUGUCAAUUUUAAUCGUCAUAUAAGGAUAUAAAGUAUAAACAAUUGAGUUAACACAUGUAACUUUUAACAGCAUUAUCUCGUGUGACACGAUAUCUCAUGUUUCUAUAAUAUAUAUUUAAUAUACUUUCUAAUAGCUUCUUAUAGCAGGCAUAAAUCUUAUAUAAGUAAUACGUAUUUAUAUCUGUCGCUUUGCAAAGAAAAUGUGAAAAAAAGCCCGAAGAAAGUAAAUAUACCUGCAAAAAUGAGAUUGUUAAUAUCAAAUGGUUGGAUUAAA